UAUUGGUGAUCCACUGCUACUAGCUAUGGAAGCCCGUUAGGCGAAAACUUCAAUUCCGUCCAAAACCAUUUGAAUCAUUUAAUGAAUGUAACAUUGAAUGUAGGCGCCCAGUACACAACAAUUUCUUAGUGUAUCAACUUGCUUAUAUUUGCGGUUGGUUUUUUGUUCCCCUCCAUACUAAGGCUCGUGGAAAUCUUUUUACUCCAGAUAUUUUGCUUUCUCGAUGGGUCAAAAGCAAUCCAGUCAAGAAGGAAAUAAGAAGGAUGAUAAGACUAAACGAAGAGAAUUCGACCCACCAGUACCUACCAGAAUGGGUAAACACAAACGAUCUAAAGGGCCGGAUAGUGCCAACAAACUACCUCAAGUCACACCUCAUACACGUUGUAAACUUCGAUUAUUAAAAAUGGAGAGAAUCAAGGAUUUUCUACUUAUGGAAGAAGAGUUUAUCAAAAAUCAGGAGCGUCUUAAAACGGAUGAAGAGCGUCAUGAGGAGGAACGAUCAAAAGUUGAUGAUUUGCGUGGCACUCCAAUGUCCGUGGGGACCUUGGAAGAAAUUAUCGACGACAAUCACGUUGUGGUAUCCACCUCCGUUGGUAGCGAGCACUAUGUCAGCAUUCUUUCCUUCGUAGACAAGGGUAUGCUUGAACCUGGGUGUUCUGUCUUGUUAAACCACAAAGUUCAUGCUGUUGUUGGUGUCCUGACAGACGAAACCGAUCCUAUGGUUACAGUUAUGAAGUUAGAAAAGGCUCCACAGGAAACAUACGCUGAUAUUGGUGGACUCGAUGUACAAAUUCAGGAGAUUAAGGAAUCAGUUGAACUACCUUUAACUCACCCAGAGCUUUAUGAGGAAAUGGGUAUUAAACCCCCCAAAGGCGUAAUUUUGUAUGGUGCACCGGGGACAGGCAAAACAUUACUAGCUAAGGCUGUUGCUAACCAAACAUCAGCUACCUUCCUUCGGGUUGUCGGGUCAGAAUUAAUCCAAAAGUAUUUGGGUGAUGGUCCAAAAUUGGUUCGUGAGCUGUUCCGGUUGGCAGAGGAAAAUGCGCCUAGUAUUGUAUUUAUUGACGAGAUCGAUGCGGUGGGGACGAAAAGGUAUGAAUCGAAUUCAGGUGGUGAACGCGAAAUACAGAGGACAAUGUUAGAAUUACUUAAUCAACUGGAUGGUUUUGAUUCCCGUGGAGAUGUGAAAGUUAUUAUGGCCACUAACAGAAUUGAAACGUUGGACCCUGCGCUAAUCAGACCUGGUCGAAUCGAUCGUAAAAUCGAAUUUCCCCUACCUGAUGAAAAAACAAAACGUCGUAUUUUCAGUAUUCAUACAAGUCGCAUGACUUUAGCUGAGGAUGUAAAUUUGGAGGAAUAUGUUACUUCUAAAGAUGAACUUUCAGGUGCUGACAUCAAGGCUAUUUGUACUGAGGCUGGGUUAUUAGCUCUACGAGAAAGAAGGAUGAAAGUCACUGAUGAAGAUUUCAAAAAGGCGAGAGAGAAUGUACUUUAUAGAAAAAGUGAAGGGACACCUGAAGGACUUUAUCUAUAACUUGACUCACUUCUGCACUCUGUAAAAUAUCUGUACGCAAAAAUGUUUUACCUACUGGUAUCUUGCUUAUUUCACAGUAUAUCUUCUUACUAAAUUAUUUUAAUCCGCCUGUUCAAAUAUUUUCUGAGCGGCCUUGUAUUCAUUAUCGGAUCCAUAUUCCUGUAAAACUAAUGUUUCCAAUUUUGUUAACUACAACCCGUUUACUUUUACUCAGAGGACUGAUGAAAGUUGUCGUUUUAUACCGAAUGCUCGCAUUUCUUAUGUAUCAUAACAUUUAGCCGCAUAUUAGUGUUACUAUAUCACUCAUACAAACCUUUGAUACUGCUUAAUCAGAGAUUUUAGCUUGGAACUAUUUGGUAUCCAUUUGAUUAGCUGUAAUGGUAAGAGACGACAGUUAAAUUGGUGCACACUUUGCAAGGUUCGAAGGUGAAUGAAUUAAAUACAAAAUAUAUAGUUGUCUCGAAACCACGAACGAUUGGUCUUCAGUUGGACACAUUAAAUAGGUUAGAAUUAAGGAAUUGAAGUAGCUAGAGCAACCGAUCUUCAACUACCAGGUUGUGGGUUUGAACCUAGACCUACCAACACCGAUUCGAGAAUACUAGUAUCGUAUGCACUCACAUUAAAUGCGUCUUAAUUCCGAGCAUAUUAGUCUGUCUAGUUACUCAACUGAAUCACGCCCCACCUUUAAACCGAACAUUAUACUCGUCUUGAUUUGUUCUUCUAAGAUUCGAUAGCAAAAUGCAACGAUUAACUGUUAAAAGCGUCAAAUAAUGUCGCAUAAUUAUAGCGUUUACGGUUUCGUUGCACUGAAGUAGGGUUCUGCUAGAAAGACAACUGCCUAGUUUCACGGAAGUUGUUAGUCGAGUAUAUACGGGUUUUCAGUAUAAAUAACCUGGUUUUCUAAAACCACACGACACGUCCUAUCACAAUGCCAAAAAUUUACUCUCCUCCUAGGUUGCUUAGUGAACUGGAGUUUGUU